UUGUGUUCCCGUCUACAAGAACCACUUUGUUGCUUGCUUUUCGAGCAUCGUCGUCUUCUUCAAAUUUUGUUUGUUGCUUGCUUUUGAAGCCGGCCUUUGAUGGGUGCGGCAGAAUCUGGAAUCGAUCGGAAGAGCUUUGCUUAUGGAUUUUGAGUUUUUUCUGUGAAUGAAUCUGUGUUUGUUAUGGGGAAAAAUACCGACGCGGAGCAGAAUCUUCCUGUGAGCGACGGAGCUGCUUCGGCUAGGAAUAACGGAGGAGGAAGAAGCAGUUGUUGUUGCUGCGAUUGGAUCUCUAGCUACUUUAGUCUCAGAUGCGUUUUGAUUCUUGCUUUUUCUGCUGCUGUGUUUCUCUCCGCCUUGUUUUGGUUACCUCCAUUCCUCGGAUUUGCAGAUCGAGAGGAUCUAGAUCUCGAUCCAAGGUUUAAAGAUCACAGAAUUGUGGCGAGUUUUGAUGUUGGAAAACCAGUUUCGUUCAUGGAGGACAAUUUGCUGCAGCUUGAGAACGAUAUCACCGAUGAAAUAAGCUUUCCCAUGACCAAAGUUGUGGUAUUAGCGCUUGAACGAUUGGGUGAUCUUAACAGAACAAUGGUUAUUUUUGCCAUUGAUCCCGAGAAGGAGGAUUCUAAGAUACCUGCCGAAAUAGAGAGUCUGAUCAAGGCAGCUUUUGAAACACUGGUCCAGAAGCAGUUGUCUCUCCGUUUGACUGAAUCCUUAUUUGGGGAACCAUUCUUUUUCGAGGUGCUAAAAUUCCCUGGAGGAAUCACUGUGAUCCCUCCCCAGCCUAUAUUUCCCCUGCAGAAGGCGCAACUUCUCUUCAACUUCACAUUAAACUUUUCGAUUUACCAAAUUCAAUCAAACUUUGAGGAACUCGCUAGCCAGCUGAAGAAGGGCAUAAAUCUGGCUCCCUAUGAGAACUUAUACAUAACCUUGUCGAAUUCCAGAGGUUCAACAGUGGCGCCCCCUACUAUAGUUCAUUCUUCUGUUCUGCUUACAUUCGCGCCAACCAAACACUCACCUUUACCCCCGAGAAACCCGCCUUGUCCUUACGAGCAGAGGAGACCUAAAGGAAACAAUGCUCUGAACCAUCAUACUGCACCACCAACGCCUGCACCACACCGGUCUCAGCCACACCCACACCCACACCCACCAGCACCAAACCCAGCUCCGCCACGUCAUCAUGCCAUACCAGUAUCUAGUCCACUUCCCCACGUUGUAUUUGCUCAUAUCCCACCUCCACCAAAAAGCAGCCCAGAACCAAAACCUACCGGCGAAAAAACUCCCUCACCUUCUCCAACCCCAUCUUCUGCGAGCACUGGUCCAACCUUGAAAAAGGCAUCAUCUAAGCUCCUUGUAGUAGUAGCCGGUUUUAGCCGAUCUUCACAAAGAUGCAGACUCCAAUCUUUAACCAACCUUGACUUCAACUUUCUUGAUUUCAACACUGAACAAACCAAUCUCCCUGCUUCUUCACAUUCCUUGAACCACCGAAGUAUAUCUACUCCAUGCUUCUCCAUAUCCGGUAGUAAUCUAGAUGGCUCUACUGCUCCGCGCAUUGAGAUUCUCGGUGGUCAAAGAGUCCCUACUGUACGCGCCCUUGUAGCUGAAGUAACCAUAGCUAUGGUUUCUGGAGCUCAACCUCUGCUUUUACCAAGUGGUUUAGGAGGUGCUUAUCUCUUGCAAACCGGAAAUGGUCACAACAUUGCGGUUGCAAAGCCAGUCGAUGAAGAGCCUUUAGCUUUCAACAAUCCUAAAGGUUCUGGUGGUUUGACGCUCGGACAACCAGGCAUGAAACGGUCAAUCCGCGUUGGUGAAAGCGGAAUCCGUGAAUUGGCUGCUUACCUUUUAGACCACCAAAGCUUUUCCGGGGUUCCACCAACUGCAUUGGUCAGAAUCACUCAUGUUCCGUUCCAUGUCAGUGAUAGUGAUCACGCCGCCUGUAAAGUUGCUUCUUUGCAACGAUUUGUGGGUCAUGACUUUGAUGCAGGAGAGCUUGGAUCAGGAAGCUUCACGGUUGGAUCUGUCCAUAGGAUUGGCAUACUUGAUGUGAGAGUUUUGAACCUUGACAGACACGCUGGAAACAUGUUGGUGAAGAAGAUACAUGACCAAGAUGAGAGUACUUGUUCUAAUGGAGUUGGAGCCGCUGAGCUUGUGCCUAUAGAUCAUGGUCUUUGUCUACCUGAAUGCCUCGACGAUCCUUAUUUCGAAUGGCUUAACUGGCCUCAAGCUUCGGUGCCAUUCACUGACACUGAGCUUCAGUAUAUAUCAAACUUGGACCCUUUCAAAGACGCAGAGCUUUUGAGAACCGAACUAGGCUCAAUACAGGAAUCUUCCCUGCGGGUUCUCAUCGUCUGCACGAUAUUCUUGAAACAAGCUGCUGCUGCAGGGCUUAGUCUUGCAGAGAUAGGCGAGAAGAUGACUCGGGACAUCUGCAGAGGGGAAGAGAGUAGUAGUGUGUUGGAGAUUAUUUGCAACAAAGCAAAAGCAAGCGCGGUUAGUGGAACUGACGAUGAUGAUUAUAGUAGUGAAUGGAAUGAAGUAGAAGCAGAGCUAGAGUGUGGAAUUUUUCAGUUUGACGAUGAAGUUGAAUGCAAAGAGCUUCCAGAUAUGUUACAAGUGCCUUUAUUUACAAGAGUUCCAUCCAUUGCUGCCAAUCUAUCUGCUCUCAUGCGGUGUCCACCAAACCAGUGGAUUACUACAUAUGACACUAACAUAGGAGAGGACAGGAGAGAUCGGAGUAUCGUGAGGAGCAAGAGUCACCCGAUAUGUGUGAAUUAUGAUGAGAAAGAAGGUGUUUAUUUUGGGGACAUGAGUGGAGAUGAAUGGGAGAUGUUCUUGCAUAAUUUCCAGAUGCUUUUGCCAGAAGCACUUGAAGGCUCAACAAGCAAGGGACCAAAGCCAAGAUUUGGAUCUUCCUGCAAAUUCUAAGGAAACAAUACUAAACAAGAGAAAGAUGAAAUUUCGAAGGUUAAGAUACAUAGAAAGCAAAUGGAAAAUGAGACGAGCAAGCUAAGGCCGUCCAAUCCAAAUUACUUGUUAGCUUCUUCUUUCUGAUUUCUUUAUUGUAUGAUGUAUCACUUCAUUGCUAUUUGCUAAAACACUAAGUAUCAUAAAUAUCUACAAGAGAAUGAUUGGUGUAACUGAUCUCGUGUGAUUAUCUUGUUCUAUGUAAGUUCUUGUUGAAAGCUAGUAAAAUUACAGAAUUCAC